GGCGCAGAUUCUACAGUGCAUGUCUUUGCUGUCUUCAAUCGAACGACGAGUCUCAAGGAGAAGGUCAAAGCAGUCAUGCAAAUUGCAUUUGCCUUUGGUGGCGGUAUCGGCGUUGUUGAGACAUUGAGUGAGAUGAGACGACCGACUCAGUUCAAGCGUAGUUUGGCAAUUGGUCAAGUCUUGACGGUUGUCGUGUACCUGAUUUUUGGACCUGUAUUGUACGCCAUCUUGGGACAAAACACAAUUUUGCCAUCGUAUCUGGGUCUCUCUAAUGCUGAACAUGCGCGUAUCGUCAAGGGCCUUACCCUAUUGACCAAUCUCGCAGGGACCGCAUUUUUCGGCAACAUUGGCGCGAAAUUGUUGUAUGUCAAUUUGAUUGAUCGAUUUGAUGGACCCCUCUUGAUCUCCAAGACAGGCAGAGCGGUCUUCUACGCCUUUGCAACAUUAUUCUGGGCGCUCUCAUUCGUUAUUGUGGCGAUUGUGCCACAAGCUGGUGUUGUGAUUCGUUUUACAACAACACUCCUCAUCCUACCCUUUUCAGUGGCGAUUCCUGUUGCUAUCCAUUUAGGACUUGUGAUUCAGCGCGAUGCAGCAAGUCUCGAUGCAUUCGAUCCAGCGACCCUUCAAAUCAAAGCGAAUGAUGCAUGGAUCGAUGGAUCUCGUUGGGAACGUGGAUUGGCUCGAGCUUGGUAUGUGAAAGUGCCACUCGCAGUGUUGGUUGUGUUGAUGCUGUGUUUGGUUGGCUUGGGAGGUUGGGCGAUGUGGUUUGAAGUGAGGGAGACGUUUGCAUUGGGUGUGACGAUGGCUAUUGGCUGUAGUCCUCCAGCGGCGACCUUUUUCCACGCAAUCCGGUGAAGAGCUCUUUCAACUGACUGUCGCAGCUGCUUGCACUUUACAAUGAUGGAG